AUGUUGUCAAUGACGGACACCUGCAUUUCAUGUCACGGCAGCAGAUAUCUAAUAUUUUGCUGCCAUUCGUCCUUCUCCAGUUUCGGGUUCUAUACAUGCCCAUCUUUCCGGUAUUACUUGAACCUCCUAGCUUUCCUUUCUGCAAUUGAUAAUAUCAACCAGGACCCAGACAUCUUACCCAAUAUCACUCUUGGCUUCCAUCUAUAUGACUCAUGGCUGGAACCCAGGAAGGCUGUACAGAGCGUUCUGAAGAUCUUAUCUGGACCAAAUGGGACAGUUCCUAAUUAUUCCUGUAAAGGACAAGGCAAACUGGCCGGUGUUAUUGGAGAUCAAUAUUCAUCCACUACAAUCCCAAUCGCCCAAAUCCUCGCACUGUACAGAUACACACAGAUCAGCUAUGGAGCCACCGAUUAUUCAUUAAGUGACAGACACCUUUACCCGCAUGUUUUUAGGACCGUUCAGAAUGAUUAUGUCCAUUAUUUAGCAAUUGCCAAACUAGUGAAAAUUUUGGGCUGGACGUGGGUUGGAAUACUUUUAUCAGAUGAUGACACCGGCGAGAACGAGGCAAAAAUUCUGAAGCGACAUUUGGCUUCCCGGGAGAUUUGUGUGGCUUUUGAAAAAAGAAUGACUAUGAAUUCCGCUACAAUUGAUCAGUGGAUGGACACACUUAGUAAAGUACGAUGUAACGUUUUAAUAUUUUGUGGUUACUUCACAAGCAGUGCUCAGAGAUACCUUUAUGAAUUCUCUCAGAUCAAUAGAAAUAAUAUGCUUAUCCUUCCCCCAGGCUGGACUUCAGGUGAAAUCAAGAUAAUAACUUUUCUCACAAGUUAUAUAACAAGCUUGUCUUUAGAUUUUUUUGAUCCACACCUUCUUAUAGAUGAAAGUCAGUUUGAUGACAAUCUGUUAUCGAGACAUCCGCAAAUUGGGCUGUUGCUGGAUAAUCUGAUCAUCACAUUUUACAAUAUAACAUCAACUCAAAAUGGAAAAAAUAUCUAUUUCCAAAAUGGUACUAUUUUUAGUCAUAGUUUGUUAAGAGUCUUUCUUCCAAAAAUUGACAUAAGUUUCCUUCAUGGAGAAUCUGUACGAGUGUAUAUUGCAGUAGAAGCUAUGGCUGAAGCUAUACAUUUUUUCACCAAGUUUAAUCGCAGUUUUAUUAUUAACAGAUUUAAUCAGGUAAAACAACAGUCAAUUAUUUUUUAG